CAGUCAGCUGUUUGUGGACGAGGCAAAGUUCAGCAGCAAAUCAGGUUUAUUAUUGCCGAAUAAUUUCUCCGCGAUUAGAUUGUUAAUGUAAUCGAGGGUCUAGGAAUAAUUUCGCCAUGCUCCGUACGGCCGGCAGAUACAGUUUUACGAGGCUCUACAGUAGCAUGAAGGUGAAAGUGCAAGUGAAACAAGGCGUUGUGGUGGGUCAGCAGAGUAAGCUGGACAGCGGCUUGGUGUACAAUAGUUUCCUAGGCGUCCCCUAUGCAGUCCCACCAGUCGGAGAACUCCGAUUCCGGAGUCCGCAGCCACUGCAACGUUUUGAUGAGCCGGAAUUGGACUGUACGAAAGAGGGGAAUAUGUCCCAUCAGCGGGAUCCAUUCACCAUGCAGGUUGCCGGCUCUGAAGAUUGCCUCUUUCUCAAUGUCUACGCUCCAAAGGUCAAGAAUUCCAACACGCCUCUGCCCGUGAUGGUUUGGAUCCAUGGAGGCGGGUUCUUCUUCGGCAAUGGCAAUAAUAACUUUCACUUCCCCGCCAAACUAAUGGAGCAGGAGGUCAUUGUAGUGACUCUGAAUUAUCGUCUGGGAGCUCUGGGCUUUCUUAGCCUACCAGAGGAGGGAAUCCACGGCAAUAUGGGCCUGAAGGACCAGCGUCUAGCUCUCCAGUGGGUGCAGGACAAUAUUGCUACAUUUAAUGGCGAUCCCAACAACGUAACCCUCUUUGGCGAGAGCGCGGGAGGAGCAUCAGUCCAUCUCCACACCUACGCUAAGCAUGCGAAUAAGCUCUUCCACAAGGCUAUAAUGCAGAGUGGCACUGGCAACAUGGAGUGGGUGUUCCAGAACGAUGCUGCUCGCAAACCAUGGAAAUUAGCGGAAGCUCUCGGCGGUGGGGAUUUUGGUGGGGACACCAAAGCCCUCUUGGCCUUCCUACGAUCUGAAACAGCAUCUCCAUUGAAUAUACUUGCCAAUACACUCAAGAUUCAGACGCCCGAUGAUCGUCGUCGUCAACUGCCCUUUGUCUUCAAGCCGGUUCUGGAGGAUAUCAGCAGCCCGGAUAGCUUUUUGGAUCAGAACAUCCUAGAUCUGAUGCACCAAAAGGAAGUUUUAAAUGGAAUGCCAGUGAUUAUGGGUUACAACUCAGCGGAAGGACUUGCUAUGAUCACAAAAGCAAAGCAGAACAUUCCGGCUUAUGGAGAGGAUCUGGCAAGAAUGGUUCCUAAGAAUCUGGUGCCAGAUCCAGAGGCGCCCGAAGCCCAAGAAGCUGCCUCGGAUAUUAAGGCAUUUUACUUUAAUGGUCAAACAGUUUGCAAGGAUAAUCUGGACAAUCUGACAGACCUUUUUACGGACUACCACUUCAACAUGGAUCUUCAGCAUGCCGCCGAGGUCCAUGCCAACUGCCAGACCAGGUCUCCCUUGUAUUUCUACCGACUGGAUUAUGUUGGUGGCCGGAAUUUGUAUAAGAAGGUGUUCCAGAACGACGACCUUCGAGGUGUGGCACAUGCCGAUGAUAUUUGCUACAUCUUUCAAAUGGCGGGCGAUGACACCAAGCUGGAAGGUGACGAUUUGCUGAUCACGGAGAGGAUGUGCCAGAUGUGGGCCAAUUUCGCAAAGAGUGGAAAACCCUCGGACUCCUGGUUGCCGGUCAAGAAACCUGAAGCCGGAAAGCCUUUCCAACUAGAUUGCUAUUUGAUUGACCGGGAGCUGAAAAUGUGUGCCAAUCCGGAUGCGGAAAGAAUGGAAUUUUGGCGAAGCAUGUACAGAAGGUACAGAAGUGAGUGCUACGAGGCAAUGAGAGCGAAACUUUAAACUUAAAAGAAAAUUCAUACAUAGAAAGUGUAAGACAUUAAAGUCCUAUAAUUUUUUUUUAAAUUUUUUUAAUGUUUUGUUCUUAAAUAAAGUAGUGACAAAACAAUA